AUGGCAGAGGACAUUGCCGUCACAAAAUUCCGGGAUUAUUUGAGAGUAAACACAGAACAACCGACCCCCGACUAUGCGGGAUGUCAGAAAUUCCUCUUCGGUCUUGCUGACGAACUUGGAAUAAAAAGAAGAGCUGUGGAGGCAGUUUCUGGCAAACCUUUUAUCAUUAUGACCAUUCCCGGUUCCGAACAACAUUUGUCGUCGCUCGUGUUGUACUCACAUACAGAUGUCGUACCUACUUUCAAAGACAAAUGGAAAUAUGACCCAUACUCAGGGCAUAAGGAUGAACAAGGCAAUAUUUACGGCAGAGGUACACAAGAUAUGAAAUCCGUGGGUUCGCAAUACUUAGAGGCGAUUAGAAGGCAUUUCAAUCGAGGAAAGAAGCAGUGGCUAAGAACCAUCCAUAUUGUAUGGGCUCCAGAAGAAGAAGUUGGUGCAGUGGACGGGAUGGAAAAGUUUGUGAAGAUGCCAGAGUUCCGUGAACUUAAUUUAGGUUUCAUGUUAGAUGAGGGGUUAGCUACGGAAGGAUCUAAGUACAAAGUCUACUACGCAGAACGAAAUCCAUGGUGGAUAGAGAUUACCUGCGAAGGAUCACCGGGACAUGGAUCAAAAUUCGUGGAGAACACUGCCGGCGAAAAACUGAAGGCUCCGGCCCUUGGACCAAUGCUAACGCGCAGCGAAAUUCAAAAUGGUACACCGAGUAACUACUUCCUAUGUUGCUUCAGAGGAAUAAACUCGGAGAAGGAAGAUCAACCACGACCAACCACUACUGUUCUCCUCACUCCGACAACACUUCCGAAAGCUCCACCUCGUCCUGCAACCACGCAAUCGAUUAUCAACAGUGCGCUAGAUUUUCGAGAAGAGCAACGAUCUAUCCUCAAGAAUGACCCAUCAAAGCGACUUGGUGAUGUCAUUACGCUGAAUCUUACCAAAGUAGAAGGCGGAGUCUUGGUUAAUGUACUACCGGAGAAAUUCACCCUAUUACUCGAUAUUCGCUUACCACCUACUGCAAACUUCAAGGAGAUGGACGAGCGCAUCGCCGGGUGGUGCAAAAAAGCUGGACCGGGUGUCACGUGCAGAUUUCUCGUAAAAACUGAGAUCCCGUUCAUGACACCAACAGCAAGCGAUGAUCCAUUCUGGGCGGCGUUUGAGAAGUCGCUAAGAGACGAGAAUUGCGAAUUCGAAAAAGAAAUCUUCACGGGUGCUACUGAUUCGCGAUUUGUUCGUGAGCAAGGCUAUCGAUCGAUUGGAUUUUCGCCAAUGAUUAACACACCGUCACUUCUGCAUGACCACAAUGAAUAUCUGAAUGAAGCUGUAUUCCUUCGGGGAGUCAAAAUUUAUGAGACGUUAAUUGAUAAUCUAGCCAAUGUGAAGGACGUACGAAUUCACUGA